AUGUUGGGUUCAACAACAAUGAGUUUUGUAAAUGGUGGGGCUUUACGUAACGUAAAAUUAAUUAUAGAACCUUCAUUAGUUGAACGUGGUAAUCAUGCAAUAUUUAAAUGUAUGUAUGAUAUUCAAGGUGCAUCACUCUAUUCAGUAAAAUUUUAUCGUGGUCAACUAGAAUUUUAUCGUUUUACACCGGAUGAAUUACCCGGAUAUAAAGUGUUUCCGUAUCCGGGAUUUCAUGUAGAUAUUUCAAUGUCAAAUGUAUCUCAAGUUGUUUUACGUAAUAUCGGUUUUAAUCUAUCUGGAAAUUUUUCAUGCGAAGUAACAGCUGAUGCACCAUCAUUUUCAACCGCUACAGCAUUAGCAUUUAUGCAAGUAGCUGUUUUACCUAAAGGACAUCCAAUAAUUUGGACAGAUCAAAAUCAUUAUGAGCCGGGCGACAUUUUAAGAGGAAAUUGUACAUGUCCACCAUCACGUCCCAAAGCUGUUUUAACAUUCACAUUAAAUAAUAUUCUGAUCGGAAAUCACCGUCCGGACUUGAUAGUAAAUUCCCUAUCUGUUGCUGAUGAUCUGUUAAAGAUGCGUGUUGAAGAUUUCAGUAUUUUGACUCAAAUACACAGCGGUUGUACUGGUAAUUUACAUUUAGAUGUUCAUUGGUGCCAUAACACUAAGAUUAAAGAGAGUGUUACAAACAGUAGAGAUGCAAUAUGCAAUUACCGUAAUUAG